AUAUAAUGAUAUAACAUUCAUCGCGAUAUAUCGAAGUGUGACAACGGUUCAGAUAACUCUUUUGUCUUGAUGGAGGUGCUUUUUUCGAUUGGACAAGUCCUCAUGGUUAGAAGAAGAAAAAUGAAUAAAUAGAAGUAUACGAUAGACAAAAAGCUUAUGUGCCUCGAUUUUGUCAAUGACCUUGCACAACCAAUGAUGCGUGUCCUCCUUUGUUGGAAAUAAGUCCACCUUACUUCCGCCUUUGUCUGAAAUGUGCCCCUCAUUUAGGCCUUUUUAGUUGUCAUCGCUGCGUGUACCUGUAUGUGUCGCGACAUGUACCAUUCGAUGCAGGUCGAUGAGUUUUUUCGAUUGAUAUAAUAUGUCUAUAUUUCUAUGUUAAGUAUAAAUGUUACAUUGUCAGAACACGUUAAAAUACAUCAAAAUGGUUGUUUUACGUAUUUCUCAACAACACACACUUUUGUCCAGACACACUCAUCGUGGAAUACCUUUUCUCGAAAUAAUGUUUCGUCAUAGAGAGAUAAUCGUUUUUACAAUAGUUCUACAUGAACUGAUGGAAGCUGAUUUCUGGAUUAGGCUUUAGUUGUCUAGAAAGUCAAUGGUUCUUGAAUCUUUUUGUUUCUGACAGGGGAUUCCUUUCUUAGAUGUUAUUCAAUUGAACAGUUGAUUGACAAAAGUUUAUAACGUUAACUAUAUUUGAAAGUUUGUACCGAUAUUUUAAGAUUAUUUCAAAGUUGACAUUUGUAAUUAUAAUGAAUAUAAAUUUCAUUUAAAAUAUAUUGCUAAAUUUAUCGUGACAUGUUCUAUACAAAUUGAUCAAUAUUCAAUAGAAUAACUCACAAAUAGCUUUCCAUAAAUGAGCAAAUAAUACAUUAAAUAUCGUUUGUGAUUUAAUCUUCUUUUUUACAUUUACAGUUUCGAAACAAGAAAGGUUAUGUCUACAAUUGAUGAACUAAAACGAAAAAUUGCAAAUCUUAAAAGUCGUAUGAAAGAUGAAUGUGAUCAACUGGAAAAAUUAGCUGAACAAAAAUCAAAUGAUCCUGAUAAUGCAGAAACAAUACUUCAUGAUCGUACUAACCGAAUACAACAAACAUUUAAUACUUCAUUUGAAGAAAUUAGACAAGAUAUGAAGAGACGUAAACCACAUCGAUCAGAGCAAAACUAUGAACAAAAAGAAAGAACUUAUGUUGAAUUUGUUAAUCAACUAACUUCACCUGAUGGUCCAUUGGAACAAUUAGGAAAUUGGUUUAAAUCUCUUUUUAAUAAAUUAACAGAAAUUAUUAUUACUAUUAUUCGAUGGCUGGCCGAAGCAAUAGUAGAAUAUGUUACAAAAAAAAUACAUGAUCUUUUUAAAUCUAUUAUGGUAUUUUUCACUCUAUAA